UUCAGCUAUGGGUAACAAAAAAAGAAAAAAAAAGAAAAAGAGUAAAGAAAUUCUCGCUCUUUCUCUGCAACCUUUGUGCUUUUCUAUAGUUUCAGUCAUUAAAAUUCUAGUCUAACAACCUCUGUUGUAACUUUCUCUAAACUUCAUCUUUACUAUAGAUAGAUAGAUACAUUAAUUACAGCCUUACAAAUGUUUUUGAGUCUCUCUUUAGAGACAGCUUUUUAAAUUCUAUGGGUUUUUAUCCCGUUGACAGAGGAGCGCAAAAGAAGCUCCUUCCUUCCAACCCAAGAUGCAAGAGAUAGCAGAACCAGACAUGCAAGGUCAGAAUCAAAGUUCCAACAUUUUGGGAAAGAGUUACCAAAGAUUAUCAUUACCUUGGUUGCUUUAAAGAGAUAAUGAGUCUAGAUGAUAAAAGAUGCAAAUUUUGAUCUGGGUUUUUGCUGGAAAGAAGAAAAAAAGACAUGAAUUAAUAUUAGAAUUAUAAAGGAUUUUUCUUUUUGAUUAAUGGAUCCAAUGGAGUCACCAGGCGGGCAGCCUAGUCCAGUGCCUAGGAAAAAGAUGACCAAACAGUUAACAGGAAAAAGAGAUGAUACACCAUUACAUUCUGCAGCCAGAGCUGGGAAUUUAGGCGCUGUAAUGGAGAUCUUAACUGGUACUGGAGAAGAAGAAUUGAAGGAAUUGUUAGAGAAGCAAAACCAAUCAGGAGAAACUGCCCUUUAUGUUGCUGCAGAAUACGGUUAUGUUGAUGUGGUCAGAGAGAUGAUAAAGUAUUAUGAUCUUGCUGAUGCUGGUAUCAAAGCAAGAAAUGGGUUUGAUGCAUUCCAUGUUGCUGCAAAGCAAGGGGAUAUAGAGAUUCUGAGGGUGCUAAUGGAGGCCCAUCCGGAAUUGUCUAUGACUGUUGAUUUAUCAAACACUACAGCUCUGCACACGGCUGCCACACAAGGUCAUAUAGAAAUUGUGAAUUUUUUGUUGGAUGCAGGGAGUAGCCUAUCAACCAUUGAUAAAAGCAAUGGAAAAACUGCCCUGCAUUCUGCAGCUAGAAACGGGCAUGUGGAAGUUGUGCGAGCACUUUUGACAAUGGAGCCUGGGAUAGCAACAAGGAUAGAUAAGAAGGGACAGACGGCACUUCACAUGGCAGUGAAGGGACAAAAUAUUGAGGUGGUGGAGGAGCUGAUUGUUGCAGAUCCUUCAGCUGUAAACAGGAUUGAUACUAAAGGCAACACACCCUUACAUAUAGCAACCAGGAAAGGACGAGCUCAGAUUGUUAAGUUGCUUCUUCGGCAUAGUAGAACCGAUGUAAAGGCUGUUAAUAGGACUACUGAAACUGCACUCGAUACUGCUGAGAAAACAGGACAUCCAGAAAUUGCAGUCAUUCUGCAGGAGCAUGGGGUUCAAAGUGCCAAAACGAUUCAGCCACUGGAAAUAAAUCCAGCGCGAGAGCUGAAACAAACAGUAAGCGACGUGAAGCACGAAGUCCACCACCAACUGGAACACACACGUCAAACUAGAAAGCGUGUGAAAGGAAUCGCUAAACGUCUCAACAAAAUGCAUGUUGAAGGUCUUAACAAUGCAAUCAACUCCACCACUGUUGUUGCCGUUCUCAUUGCCUCAGUUGCCUUUGCAGCCAUCUACACCGUCCCUGGUCAAUAUGUUGAUGACCCUAACGAAAUCCCCCCUGGACAGUCUUUAGGGGAAGCAAAUAUUGCUCCAAAAGUUCCAUUCAUCAUAUUCUUCAUCUUUGAUUCUACUGCCCUCUUCAUCUCCCUGGCUGUUGUGGUGGUGCAAACAUCAGUUGUAGCCAUAGAGAGCAAAGCAAAAAAAAAGAUGAUGGCAGUCAUAAACAAAUUGAUGUGGAUAGCUUGUACCCUUGUUUCGGUCGCAUUUCUAGCACUAUCUUUCGUUGUUGUUGGUGAACGUGAGAAAUGGUUGGCAAUCGGUGUUACAAUUGUAGGAGCAUCUAUAAUGGCGACAACGUUCGGUACAAUGUGUUACUGGGUGAUAAAACAUCGAAUUGAGGCCUCAAACAUGAAGAAUAUUCGAAGAUCAUCACUUGGGAGCAGGUCACGCUCAUUUUCAGUUUCUCUGGUCUCGGACACUGAGAUCGUAAACAGUGACUACAAAAAAAUGUAUGCAAUUUAAUCUUUCUUUGCUGGGAUCACUUUUAUUCACUAACAAAUCAUAGUUUUUUCAUCUUCUAUAGAUUCUUCUAAUCAUUAUUGUAAUACUAGAUUAAUGUUUAUGAGUAAUGCCAUGAACAUUUUAGUUUUUUAA